AUGAUGGUGGAGUGGAGGAAACUCAUCAGCUUCAUUGGACCUGGUCUUCUGAUUACCUGUGCAUACAUAGACCCAGGAAAUUACAGUACUUCGACCAAUGCUGGAGCCCAGUUUGGUUACAUUCACCUGUUCAUUAUCUUUCUGUCCAACAUUUUUGCCAUUAUUUUGCAAUGUCUGUGCAUCAAGCUGGGUACGGUCACAGGACUCGAUUUAGCCCAAAACUGCCGCAAGCAUCUUCCACGCUGGCUCAAUUUAACGGUCUAUGUGCUUGCUGAACUAGCAAUUAUAUUCACGGAUUUAGCCGAGAUUGUGGGCACCGCCAUUGCUCUUUACAUCCUGUUUGGUAUCGAGCUGAAAAUCGGUGUGCUACUGACCAUCUUUGAUGUUUUGGUGAUAUUGUUGGCUUACAAUCCUGAUGGCUCUCUCAAAGAGAUCCGCAGAUUUGAGUUUUUUGUGGCCACUAUGGUCCUAGCAGCAUUUGCAUGCUUCAUUAUUUUAAUGAACAAAGUGGAAAUCCCAAGCAAGCGCGAGUUGUUCGAAGGAUUUCUUCCGUCAAAACAACUGUUCACCUCCAAGGAGUCAAUAUACCUGGCACUGGGAAUAGUUGGUGCUACCGUGAUGCCGCACUCCUUGUAUCUUGGGUCGAAUCUCGUGAAACCGAGACUCAAAGAGUUUGACUCCUCAAAAGACGCAGAGCCCUUACAGGUGCAAAGUGUUGUACAGGAAGCUAAUGAAGACACUUAUAGACCGUCGCUUGCAGCUAUCGAUUACUGCUUGAACUAUUCUUAUGCCGAGCUUGUCUGUUCUCUGUGCAUUGUUGCCGUGUUCAUCAAUUCUGCAAUAUUGAUUGUUUCGGCCGCAGCUCUUUACAAGAAGCCCGAAGCCAUGGAUGCCGAUUUGAUUAGCAUUUAUGAGCUACUGAGCCACUACGUUUCAACAACAGCCGGACUCAUUUUUGCAAUUGCCAUGCUUUUCUCCUCUAUUGCGGCAGGAAUCAUCUGCACCAUGUCAGGUGCGCUUGUUGCAGAGGGUUGUCUCGAAUGGAAGCUUAACCCGUUUUAUCGGAGAAUUAUUACGAGGUCAAUCGCCAUUGUGCCCUGUAUGGCAAUGGCCCUCUUUAUGGGCAGAGAAGGCAUUGCGACCAUACUCAAUCUCUCACAGGUUAUUUUGUCAUUAAUCCUACCCUUCGUUUCAGCUCCCUUGUUGUACUUUACCUGCAACAAGAACAUCAUGAAGGUAAAGGUGCAAGUUGAGCAGCCACAAGAGCUAGAUAAUGAUAUGCCGACAGAAACCUCCUCCUUGAUCCCUGUAAAUAAGGGUGAAAACUACAAGGACUUUUCGAAUUCUGCCAUAACAAAUGUCCUGGCAAUUCUAACGUGGGGAACAAUAGGCUUUUUGAACAUUUUCCUGAUCGUUCAAUACUUCAGAGGAGAGGAUAUACAUUUCUAG